AUGAUCUUCGCUCUAUGUGUUUCACUUUUCCAGCUUGUUCUGGUGGCAACCGGUGACGCUGGUAACAAACUUGGUAAGAUGAAAUACCUCUUAGUGAUUUUUCUGUUUUCGACUGCUAGGCCGUAAACUCCUUUGUUGUUUCAAGCCUUGUAUUUUCGAGAACAAGCUGCUUCAAGCUAGUUCAAGCCAGUUCCGUUUCUGAAAGACAUACAAAUAGAUCUUUGAAAAACCUUCAAGUGUGUUUAUUUCUUAAAAUGGCCUAAAGAUUUUCAUAUCUUUUAAGUCCAUUUUCCCGUUAUAUGCCUGGUGACCAGGCCUGUAGCAGGUCUCUUCUCUUAAGUGUCAAGGUCAUAUUUCAAAGUUCGUUAAUCGUUGCAAAAAUGUUUUUUAUCUUAAAGGUUACGAUAGCCUGGGUUGUUGGAAUCUUCCAGAAAAUGACACGUCAAAAGUAAUGAGUUUAGAGGGUCAUCAUAGCGGAUUAGAAGGACUAUACUGGGACAGGUGAUAAAUUCUAACCUAUUUUCUGGAAUCCUUGUUGACGUGUCUCCUUAAUUGAAGGGUUUUUACUUCUUUGUGCUUUGUAAGCGAUGUUGAAGAAUCAUUCCAUCGCCCCAACAAAUAAAAUAAAAACUGCCUUGAAAUAACUAUUUCCGCGCUUGAAACGGUUACACGCAUUACUUUGAUUUUAAAUUUGUAACCUGUGAUGUCAAGCGGACAUAGCAUGCCAGCAAGAGUUAUCUGAGUGAUGUCUACGGGUCUUUUCAAAACGGUCAGUCGUGAAGUGUUUUAUCAGGUACACAACGUGUCUAUUGCAAAACGCAAUGACUGCAAUUUGGUUCUUCGUAAUUUUUUCAACAGCUAGAGUCACUGUCUCCUGGUUUAAUGUUGAACAUACUGCAAAUUUAGGUCAUUGCAGAUAAUUUGUAAACAAACAAAAGGGCACAAACUGCCAACUGACAUCAUCUCUGAAAAGAAAAGAGUAUAUGGAAAUAUUUUUUACAUUACAGUAAUAUUCAGUCUCUUGCAAAUAUAAAUAAACGAUAAUCUCAAGAAAAAUUCUAGCCCUGGCGUCAAAAGUCCUUAGGAAGACUUAAUCGUUGGUCAAAUUACUUGGUCAGCUGGUCAUUGCGCUCUUUUCUCUCCAGAGUUGAUUCCGUUACAAAAUGUGCCGAAGUCGCGCAGGACAAAGAAUACAGAUAUUUCGCAGUUCGUAAUGGCGGCGAAUGUGUGGCGGGUCCCAGGCUUCAAGAGAGUUUUAAAGAGCAUGGAGAGUCGCUGGAAUGUUUUGAAGGAGAAGGAGGCCACGAAGCUAUUAACGUCUACAAAAUAAGAGGUUGAUGUGAAUAAAACGAAGCAAAACAAAAACAAGAACAUAAUAAUAAAUAAAAUAGAAGAAACGUACCGAUUACGAAGCACCGAGCCUGCUUGGAAAUUGCAUCAUAUUCAAAGCACAUAGGAAACUUUAGGAUCUAAUGAGAAUAUUAGUUUACAUCUUUUUCAUAGUAUCAUUGACUUAACCUUAAACAAGUGCGGCAGAAGACCAGCAAAGGACUAAUUCCUUUCAUUGAUUGAAAAAAAAUGGUCAUUUUGCAAUAAAACUGUUUUUUUUAAAUAAAAAAUAUGUUAAGACUUGCUUUGCUUUGUUCACUUAUUUUAUUGCUUGUUUUUUCUGUCUUUUACAGGGAAAAUCGCUUCAGCAGAGGACUUUGAGGGUGAUAUUCUUCUAACCAAGUUGCAGAGAGCCAUGACAAGUCCUUUCCAUCAAGACGUAGCGGCUGCCGACGUGUGGGAGAAAGCAAGUUUUCUCUGGCCAGAGAGAACUGUGCCCUAUUACAUUCCAUCUGACCUCGGUGAGAACGGAACAGUAAAAAAUAAAUGAUAUACUAGCUUAAGUGUGAGUUCUUCCUCUCAUGUAAAAAUUCGUCGUGUUCACAUCACCAUUUACAACGAAGAUCAAUUCAUAUAAUAACAGGCUAUUUUCCAGGAUACGUGAGUUGCAUCGAUUUCUCGACUUAUUCUCCGUCCAGUGCUAUCAUUAAAGUGCACAAUGACGAUGUCCACAUACCCUGUGAGCCUAUUAAUUGCGCAUAAAUGUCAUUAUACUUUAACAAAGGUUGGGGUCUCACGGUAAUUUCGACCUCAGCUUUUUGAUGAGGCCGGUAAAUAUCAACCGGUAUGCUUCAUCUCAGGUUUUUUUGGCUAUCUUUCACAGAUUGACAUCAUCUGAUAGCCUUAUCCUUAAAAUUUUUGUUUUAAAUGGUCAACAGUUGGACAUAAUUUAGCUGAUAGAUUUCACCACGGUAUACGACACUGGCUUGAACAGACCUGCGUCAAGUUCGUUCCAAAGAAAGCUGGUCACAGAGACUGGGUGGAGUUAUACAGGGAGAAGGACCCUCGGAGCCGUAGGUAGCUGAAGCAUUUUAAAGACCUCGUUAGGAUUAUGAAAGAACUCACUCUAGAUUUUUAAACGCGAAGGCAAAUACUGUUCUACCGUUUGAAUAAUUAGGAAAUUGUAAGACGUGUGUGGAAAGAAAAUGAUAUCCAAUUGAUUUUUUUAUGCAGAUGCGCAUCUUCUAUUGGUCGAAUUGGUAGUUACCAACCAAUUAAGUUGGGAGAUCAUUGCCCACCUGGCAGUGUCAUUCAUGAAGUGGGACACGCCCUUGGCUUAUGGCACACCCAGUCUAGACCCGACAGAGACAAAUACGUACAAAUACUUUGGGAUAAUAUUCUACCAGGUAGGAUAUAAAUUGAAUUUAAGGUUCCUAACCAACCAAACAUUAUUGCAAGUGACUAAUAAUCAACUAUCAAACAAACAAGGAAAAGUACCAAUAAAAAAAGCAACAGGAUUCCCUUUUUCAAGGACCCAAAAAUCUUGGUUAUUUUUUUAUUUUUAUCUCGCUCGUGCAGGUAGAUCAGACCAAUUCAAGAAGUAUUACCAUGGCUCCCAGGACACGUUAAAGGUCAAAUACGAUUACAUGAGUAUUAUGCACUACGGAAAAGAUUACUUUGCAAAGCUGAACCAUAACCGAAGAUAUUACCUGACUACAAUAAAGACCAAGGAUCCAAAGUAUCAGGACAAGAUUGGCCAAAGAAAAUGUCCCACAACAAGUGAUAUCUUGAUGAUUAAUACCAUGUAUGGAUGUCCAGGUUAGUAACGUAACUAAUAUGUUACUGCGUCUCAAUAUUUCAAAAUUGUUUACAUUCGUCAGGUUAUUAUGCCAUAUAUAACGUAGAUAUUUCAGUAAUACCUAUGCCAUAAAUCACUGGACGGGUCCUAACUAAGUUUUCAAACGCUCCUUUGUGGCAUGGAAGGGCAAAGGAGUAACAACGGGAACAACCAAAGUGGUUAGAACUAGGAACAACUUUUGUGUUGGUAUCAAAAGGUUUGGUUUCUUAUGCUUAUCACAUGUAAUUUCUUAUCUCUGUAACUCCAAAAGAUUAUCCAUACAUGUGGCACACGGGAAAAUGGGAUGACUGCUCUAUUCCAUGUGGCUCCGGCAAUCAGACGAGAGACGUGUAUUGUGCCAAGAGUGACGGGAAUCGAACAUCCUCAGAAUAUUGCAGUGAAACGAAGUUACCGGCAAAAUAUCGCAGAUGUUACGGAAAACAGUGUGGUAACUUUUAUAUUUUACUUCUCAUUUGUAACAUAUUCAUUAAAUGAAUGAAUUAAGAGAGACUAAUGAAGUGGGUGAGUAAAAAAAUGAGGAUGAAUGGAUGAUUGGGUAAAUGGAUGGUUGUAUGGACGGAUGGAUGAAUGAUGGAUGGCUGGAUGGAUGAACGCUUGGUUGAACAGAUUGGUUGACAGAGAGAGGGCAGAUCGGGUGGGGGGAUUGAUGGAUUGAUCUAUGGAUUGGUGAAUUGAAAGAUGGUUUUCGGUCAAGUUCAAAUGCAGCUGUUGCUAAUUUUUAGGCAAAUCCUUAAAUGAUUAUAACAACUUAAGGACUACAUGCCUCUUAAGUAAAUAACUAAUAGGAAAAAAAAUUGAGUUGAGGAGAAUUUUUGAUGAAUUUAUCCAUUAACUGAGACACCAAUACUUUUUAACAGAGUAGGAAAGUAGUUUUUAGCCAGCAGUAAAUGAGUUUGAAUCGGCUGGCCAGGCAAUUUAUCAUCUGAGUAGGUCCCACGGUUAGUCAGUGAGUCAGUUAUGGACCCUCUGGCAAACAACCAUUAGUUACCUAUUCACUAGGCAAGUAGACACCCUUACGCUAUUAUGUUGUUUUAUGUAUUCAUCCACACAAAUUCACUUGGUUGUCAUGAUUUGUCGAUUAUCCCUUUUUCUACAGAUUCCUGUCCAAAGGGCUGGAUUUCUUAUCACGAUGCCUGUUAUCAAAUAAACUUGGCCAGAACAAGUCUGCAGGACGCAAGUGAUAAAUGUUUAGAUCAAGGGGCAGGGAUCCUAACAUUGAGAAGUACAGAGGAAGAAACUUUUUUGAGAGCAGAACUGGAGAAAAAGCAGCUUAACAAUAUAUUUUAUUGGCUAGGUAAAAAAAAAAUAGUCAUAGAAGGAUUUCAAUUACGUUUAGACCACAGAGUUAUUUAUGGAAAUGAUGUAUCUGCUGGCUUUAGUAAAUAUAUUUAAGCGAGGUCGAUGGCGAUCUGAAAAAAGGGGAAGGAGAAAAAACAAUAAAACCAAAAAUUUGUGCAACUCAGACAAACACAAGAAAUAGAAGCGGAAGACUGAUAAAGCGCAAAUAAGACGAUUAGUUAAAACAAAACACGAAGACUGACAGAAAAUAAUACGAAUGAUUGCUUGAUAGUUGUUGUAAAUCAUCUGUUCAAAACAGCCCACCACGUACAAGUCUAUGUGAAAAAUAAAAUUUAUUCAUUUAAUUUCGUUUUCUACACACAGGUGCAAAGUACAGCCCUAGUAGAGGCAAUUUCAUCUGGCCUGAUGAUACAGAUGUCGUUUACUCUGCUUGGAAUCCAGGAGAGCCUCGCUUUGGAUUGGACUGUACCCUGAUGCUAAACCGAAAAGGCUGGGGCUGUGAUCGAUGUGAUAUGGAUCGCAGCUAUAUUUGUAAGAAAGGUAUGUCACACCAGUAUUGUGCGUUAUGAAUUAAAGGCUGUCUGAUUUUUUCGCUUGAUACAAAGCAUAAAUUCACCAUCAUCGAGAACGCCACGAUAAGAGAUCUUUUAUGCGCAAAACGAAGGGAACCCUCCGAGCUAUCUUUCCUUCUUAUUCUUAUUAUUACACGCACGAUACUAUCGUUCAUGAGCCCUCGGAUGAGGUAACGGAUGAAGCUUUCUUCCACUCACUGCCGUGGUUUACUCUUCUACUUCAUUUCUUCCUUACGCUCUUUGCUCUCAUGGUCUAUUCCCGCUACGUAUAUUUGUUUCCCUUCCUAAGCCCCAAAUACCGAUGGCAAAAUAUUUAUGGUGGACCACAAUUGACCCACCGUCCUCUAUCUCCUGUUAUGGAUGAGUACGUUUACUCUAAUAUGAAGGAAACUUGGUAACGAAUUCUUAGUCUCCAUAAUACUACAGAGGUAAAUUUGACAGCUGUCUACAUAUCAAACAAAAAUAAAAUUGUUAUGCAUAACUAAUGAUUCACUCAUUCUCGUCAUACAGAACUAAAAAAUUACAAAAGGAGCGAAGUGGAGAUAAAGAAAGAGAAGAAGGAAAACUAUCAGUGGCGUGCAGAAGAAUGGGGUGAUUGUUCUGUCUCCUGCGGUGGAGGGAAACGAAAUAGAAAGACCCUGUGUUUUGGAGUGGACGAACAGAAUGAGGUGGACGAAUCUUUUUGCGAGGGUAAGGCUAUUUCUUAUCAUAUCUGACUAUGUACCAGGAUUAAAAGUUGUAUAUUUACGGUCAUGGCAGCAAUGGCAAAGUAGGUGUCAAACUGAAAAAAUAACUUUCAGAGCAAAAACCGUUUAUAAAAGAAAAGUUUUUAUGAUUUGUUCUCAUCAAGGAUCGAUCUAAAUAUGCGAGGCAAAAAAUUCCCUAUAACAAGAGUUUUGCAAAAAAACGAUCACGGUAAUUUGCGCAAUUUUUGAUGAUCAGCUCUCUUAAAAAUGGACCGACCUUUGCGCACUGAGGGCAAUUUCGCUCAGAAAAAAAUAUUUUGCAAUAUUUCGAAAAAGCAAGGUUUUUUUUUAUUACUUUUAGACUAAGACAGAUUUAUGGGCAAAAUGUGAAAGAAAUCGAUCCUUUGGAACCGAAAUGCGACGAACCGCUUAUAGAGAAAGAUUGCGUCUUAAAAUAUAUCCAUACUUUGUAGAGAAUCCACCGCCUUUAGCGUGGGAAGACUGCAGCGUUAACUCAUGCCCCACUCAAUACAAAUGGCACGUAGAGGAUUGGGGGGAUUGCAGCAAAAGCUGUGGAGGUGGAAUUCAGCGGCGAAAGAAGAUUUGUGCUGGGAAGGAUAUGAUUUCUACCUCCUGGAAACUGUGUAAAGAAGAGCCUCCAAUCACCAGAAAGAGGUAUGGAAAUGACAAUUUAGUUAUAUCUUUAUUGUAAAAAUUAAGAUUGAUAAUAACCAAAUCUGUGGAAAAUUUUUAUUGAUUGAAUGAUUGCAUCACUCUGAUUGUUCUUGGACACAUUUAUUUUGGAAAGAAGUUUCGCUCGGUGAACUUGUGUUAAAUGAUGUAGAAAGGAAUUAUUAGACCCGAACUUCUUUGAUUAUCAUAGAGAUCUAAGCCUGUAUAUUAUACAGAAAGUUAAUUUCUCUCCAAUUUGUCAUUUUUAUUACAAGAUAAUUUUCAAGAAUUUGUUAUGGAGAUUAUGCUUAGGUGCAUCCUUUUCUUUUCAUUAAAUUAGGUGCAACACUAAUUCUUGUCCAAGAAGAAACACCAAUGUUUCAGUGGCACCCGUUUGGAGGGUGAGUAAAAAUAAAGAAAAAUAUACGCCCCUUUUCAAAAACGUCGCAAUUUGAAAAAAAAAUGAAAUAUAUACGCCUUUUGAUCUCUUAUCAAACAAGUGUCUUUUUUUGAUGAGAAAACAAAAGAUAUAUAAUACGUAUUCAUAUAUAUAUAUAUAUAUAUCAAAAAGCAAAGCCUUGACUGUGAUCUAUUCUGUUAUAAAGCACAAAGGAAACGGCUAGAUCAGGAAAUAAAUGUGGAGUGUUUCUCCCCACUUCUUGACUCAGGAACAGAAUUGGCUAGUUGCAACAUUAAACUUGUAGUCGAAGGACCUACUGAUCGCGUUUUGAAUACGAAUCCAUAAAAGUUCGCGUGUUUCGUUCGUCAUUCGAAAUUCCAUAGGAAAGAUACUUCCCGCCCGUUGCAUUUUGAAAGAACUUUCGACUAACAUUUCUUCUUUAAAGGUGAGCUCGUGGAGCAGAUGCUCCAGGACUUGUGGGCAUGGUCAUCAGAUAAGAAGAGUGUUUUGUUCCAAGAGUGACAACAAGCCACUGAAUGAGACAGCUUGCGCUGGGCGAGCAAAGCCUCUUUCUUUACGACGAUGCUCUGCUACGAAUUGCAGUCUAAAGAAAGGUAUAAUCUCACUUUAAAAUUGGCUUCUGAGUGUAUCGCUUUCUUUGUGAAUGUGCAUAUAGUUAAUGAUUAAUGUAAUAUAGUUAUAGUUGUAAUAUAUAGUUAAUGAUUGGUAAACAGCAGAGUGGGAAAGAGGAAUUUUCAAAUGCCACCGUGGAUUCAUCCAAAAUCUUAGUCGGGGUAAGCCUGCUUUAGACCCUCGCUAUUCAAAAUACUUUUCACACUAUUAAACACACCCUGAGAGAUGAACUGAAAUGGUCUGGGCUAUUCCUUGUUUUAUCUUAUUGAUCAUUUGGUAUAAUCUCUGAAUUUCUUGAACAAAGCUCGAGUUUGCUCUGAUGGUCAUGUGAUGUGCAAGAUUUGGGCAAAGCAGGGAAGCUGCAAGACAAGCAAGUGGGUUCGGACAAAGUGCCGCCGCAAAUGCCAUACAUGCUGAUCAUCUGGAUCUCAAGAGCGUAUGACAAUGUAUUGAGAGCGUUGGCUCACUAAAUCGAAAUAAUCCACCAUAAGUGAGACUGUAAUCUCAGAGGUCCUCUGUUAUACUACUAUGGACCCAUUGCCGGGUAAACGCAUGCAAGAUAUCGUAAUUCUGCUAAGAACUAAUUGUUCGGGUCAGCGAAAUGUGGCUGCUUGGGGUACUUAAUAUGGGCAGAAGAUAGUUCUAUUUGAUAUACUAGAGCAGUUUUAUAUGACAUCGCAUUAAGUUGUAAGUCAAUCACGAUGAUUAUAUUUUCAUAUAACUGAGUCACAAGGAUUAAAACAUUCCUUCUGAUUUUAGAGCUAAAAAUAUACAUAUCUGAAUACCGUCGACUGUUCAAAUAAUUCAAAGAUUCUUAAAUACACUAUAUAAAUAUUUAUCAGGCUACCAAUUCAUCAAUUAUUGCCCAGUGAUAAGUUUCUGCUUCAAAGCUCCUGUUAGCAGACUAAAGUAUGUUAGAAAUUGAGCGAUCUAAGCAAAGAAAUCAAUCCUCCAUAUUAGUUAAGGAAAACUGUUUUGUCAUUACCUUUCUCCGCCCUUAUUAGAACGAUCAAACUUUCGAAAUAUAACUCGGUGAUAUAACGG